CUGUCCGCAGUCUCUGGUCAUCCCUGUGCUGUCCGCAGUCUCUGGUCAUCCCUGUGCUGUCCGCAGUCUCUGGUCAUCUCUGUGCUGUCCGCAGUCUCUGGUCAUCCCCUGUACUGUCCGCAGUCUCUGGUCAUCCCCUGUACUGUCCGCAGUCUCUGUCUCUGGUCAUCUCCUGUACUGUGUCCGCAGUCUCUGGUCAUCCCUGUACUGUGUCCGCAGUCUCUGGUCAUCUCCUGUACUGUGUCCGCAGUCUCUGGUCAUCCCUGUACUGUCCGCAGUCUCUGGUCAUCCCUGUACUGUCCGCAGUCACUGGUCAUCCCUGUACUAUGUCCGCAGUCUCUGGUCAUUUCCUGUACUGUCCGCAGUCACUGGUCAUCCCUGUACUGUCCGCAGUCACUGGUCAUCCCUGUACUGUGUCCGCAGUCUCUGGUCAUCUCCUGUACUGUGUCGCCGCAGUCUCUGGUCAUCUCCUGUACUGUGUCCGCAGUCUCUGGUCAUCCCUGUACUGUCCGCAGUCUCUGGUCAUCCCUUUACUGUGUCCGCAGUCUCUGGUCAUCCCUGUACUGUGUCUGCAGUCUCUGGUCAUCCCUG